CACAACUAACUUUUCAGAAAUCAAAAUGCUGCAGAGACUUAUUCAACGACCAAAUUGCCUUUUAAAUGUUAGAAAUCGACAUCAAUUUCUCACUGCAUUGUUGGUCAAUCUUAUGGCCAUUUCACAUGGCAUAGGUGUGGGCUGGCUUUCGCCGACUCUAAGGAAAUUGCAGUCACAGGACUCUCCGGUUGGUUUCACGCUCAACGUCAAUGAAAUAUCCUGGGUUGGCGCCAUGUUGGGUCUCGGUGCUGUUACGGGUAACGUUCUACUGGGCUGCCUAAUUGGCCGUUUAGGCAGCAAAUUGUGCCUUCUAUUCUUGGCCUUUCCAAAUACGUGCUUUUGGCUAUUGGUUUACUUUGCUGAGAGUGUGGAAUAUCUCUAUGUGGCUCGUCUUUUGGCUGGCAUCUCUAGCGGUGGCAUGUACAUUGUUCAUCCCAUUUUCCUUAGUGAGAUUUCAAGUGCUAAUAUUCGCGGUACCUUGUCAUCUAUGUUAAUGCUGUAUAUGAACAUGGGAGUAUUACUGGGUUACAUAUUUUCCACUCAUUUACCUUACUUUCUGAUAACAUGGCUGGUAAUAUGUUGUCCCAUCGCAUACUUUCUUUCUGUACUCUUUUUUGUGAAGGAAUCACCCAUGCAUCUGAUACGGAAGGGCAGAGUAACAGAGGCUCAUAAAUCAUUCCGAUACUAUAAGAACAUCAAAGACGAUGAUCAUGAAAUGGAUAAUGAAUUCGAAGCCAUGAGAAUUGCUCUGACUAAAGGAAAUCAAUUGGAAGAUGCCUUGACACUUAAGGAUUUUUGUACGCCUGCUGCGGUCAAGGCUUAUGGUAUUGGCUUGGUCUUGAUAAUGACCAAUCAGUUCAGUUGCCUGUUUCCCAUGAUUAACUAUAUGUCAGAUAUUUUUGCCCAGUCGGGCAGCACAAUGGAUCCCAAUUUUUGUUCAAUUAUCAUUGGAGCAGUACAAAUAUUGGGCACCUAUGGCACUACCCUACUCUGUGACAUUUGUGGACGGAAAUUGCUGCUCCUGGUGUCUACUGCGGGAGUUACUGUCAGUCUAAUCGCCUUUGGCUUCUUCACCCACUACGCUGGCAUCUAUGAUUUGCGGGAAUUGAGCUGGGUACCCCUAGUUUUGAUGUCUCUGUAUAUAUUUCUUGGUAAUAUUGGAUUGAUUGGCUGCUUCUUUGUGUGCCUUGUCGAAAUAUUUCCUCUCAAGAUUCGAGCCAAAGCUGCGUCAAUUGCCAUUGUUCUAACCAGUUGUGUGGUUUCCUUAUUACUAUUGAUUUUUCCACUCUGCCUCGCCCACUGGGGCAUCUCGGCAACAAUGUGGUCAUGUGCGGGAAUUACUGGCGGUGGUUUCUGCUUCCUUUUGCCCUUCCUCAAAGAGACCAAAGGCAAAUCCAUGCUUGAUGAUUGAGAGACUCUUGCAUUUAAAUAUUUCAUAUAUGGUAUAUUUUAAAUAAAUUU